AUGGAAGAGAACAAAGUAAAGAUUUCUAUCACGGCCUUGGGCAAGGAAAGCUAUGUGGGUGUGCUUUGCGAGUAUGUGCCGGGCAAGCACAUUGUUUUAGGUGAUGUGGUACGAAGGCAUAUAGGGCCGAUUGAAAACAGAAAGGAUGCAUUCGUAUAUCCAAGGAUGAAGUUCAGGAUAGACAACAUUAAAGAGAUUGGGGUUGUAGGGGCUUUUAAUGGUACUUGGAGGGAAGAGGCACAUUUGGUACUUGAGGUCCUAAGGCAUAAGGCUCAAGGCCUUGAGAGUAGGGUAUUAGAUGAAAAAAGAGCUUCGAAGCCCGACGAAGGUCCUGCAAAGAUCAGGAGAAGUAGGGACGGAGAGAUGGAAAGGGCUCUGAGCAUGUAUAGAAGCCCACGAAUAGAGAAGUUAUCAAAAACGCUGGCUGCUGGGCCUACUACUAAGUCACAGGCUUCCAGACACGUAAAGUGA